CAAAGAGAAGAUGGUGGUAGAAACUUCUGGAAUGCUAUCGAACCACCAACCUACUUAAAUCGGGAGAAAGAAGAAAGCAGAAACUCCACUUCGUGUAUGCGAUCGAUCGAAGCUACUAUAAGGUGAAAAUUGGGUAGAAAAAUGGGUAGAAGAUACAGCAGAAGUCCGUCGCCAAUUGGUUAUAGAAGGAGAGAUCGAAGCUCAAGCCCAAGGGAUCAUCACUACCGAGAUCUUCCCACCAGCCUUCUCGUCCGCAAUCUUCGCUAUGAUUGCAGGACUGAAGAUCUCCGUGGACCGUUUGGAGAAUUUGGUCCUCUUAAGGAUGUCUACCUGCCCCGUGACUAUUACACAGGGGAGCUGCGUGGUUUUGGUUUUGUGGAGUAUGUUGACCCUGAAGAUGCUGCUGAAGCAAAGUAUGAGAUGGAUGGACAAAUCCUGCUUGGUCGGGAGUUAACCGUAGUAUUUGCUGAGGAAAAUAGAAAGAAACCUUCACAGAUGAGGGCAAGAGAGCGUAGAAGCAGGGAAACGAGUUCUCCCAUUGGUGAUUAUCGAUCACGGCGUUCAUAUUCCAGGAGCCCUGAUUAUUGUUCUCCAUCACCAAGGAGAAGACAUUACUCAAGAUCAAUAUCUCCUGGAAACAGGAGGUACAAGAGAGGAAGGUCUUACUCAAGGUCUCCUCGUAGCGGGAGCUGGAGCCGCAGCAGCAGCCCCUACUGAGUUUGGGUCCAAUCCUCCAUUAUAUUAGAACAGCCAUUAAUGUACUUAGUACUACUAGUUUUCAGAAUGUUACUGCUACUACUGUGUUGAAUUAGUUAUUAUUAUCUUUUAUUUUGAGAAAAUAUUGUGUGUAAUGAAGACAGUAAAUGGUUGAUGUGCUUGUUUUAAUGUAUGAUACGGUAAAAUAGUCUGUUAUGCCUG